AUGCCCUCACCUAGUGAUUCAAGCCAUUCACUGACUAGCCGACCGAGUACCAGAGGCCUCACCCAUCUCCGGCUCCACAGGCCUUGGCUCCAAGCUCUGCUCACACUGGGGCUGGCCCAGGUGAUACUAGGUGUCCUGGUGGUCACCUUCAGCAUGGUGGCUUCUUCAGUCACCUCCACAGAAAACAUAAAGAGGUCCUACCCAUCUUGGGCUGGCUUCUCGCUGGCAUUCUCAGGGGUAGUUGGCAUCGUAUCAUGGAAGCGACCAUUCACUCUAGUGAUCUCCUUCUUCUCCCUGCUUUCCGUGCUCUGUGUCAUGCUCAGCCUGGCUGGCUCCGUCCUUUCCUGUAAGAAUGCUCAGUUGGCACGAGAUUUCCAAGAGUGCUCAAUGGAAGGAAAGGUCUGUGUCUGCUGCCCCUCUUUUCACUUGCCCAGACCCUGCAGGGACUCCGGACAGGAGCUGAAAAUAUCCUUUAGCACAAAUUGUGCUGAUGCUCUAGGGGCUCUCAAGAACCUCCUGUUCAGUGUCUGUGGCCUCACUGUCUGUGCUGCCAUUGUCUGUGCCCUCUCUGCUAUUGUUUGCUGCAUCCAGAUAUUCUCUCUCGACCUUGUACAUACGCUGGCCCCUGAGCACUCAGCUUCAGGUACUCUAGGGCCCCUGGGCUGCGUGUCUCCCCCAGCUCCUCUGCUCCACACCAUGCUGGACCUGGAAGAGUUUGUGCCCCCAGUGCCCCCACCUCCGUAUUAUCCCCCAGAGUAUACCUGCAGCUCAGAGACUGAUGCUCAGAGCAUCACCUACAAUGGAUCUAUGGACAGCCCAGUGCCCCUGUAUCCCACCGAUUGCCCCCCAUCCUAUGAGGCUGUCAUGGGACUUCGAGGAGAUAGCCAGGCCACACUAUUUGAUCCACAGCUUCACGAUAGUUCCUGUAUCUGUGAUCGGGUGGCUUCCAUUGUGGAUGUGUCCAUGGACAGUGGGUCCCUAGUGCUGUCAGCCAUUGGAGACCUCCCCGGCGGUUCUAGCCCAUCUGAGGACUCUUGCCUGCUGGAGCUGCAGGGCUCUGUACGUUCCGUGGACUAUGUCCUCUUCCGAUCCAUCCAGCGUAGCCGGGCUGGCUAUUGCCUCAGCCUGGAUUGUGGGCUCCGGGGCCCCUUCGAAGAUAGCCCUCUGCCCCCAAGACCACCCCGAGCUGCCCGAUCCUACUCCUGCUCUGCCCCAGAAGCCCCACCGACACUGGGUGCCCCCACUGCUGCCCGCAGUUGCCACCGGCUAGAAGGCUGGCCACCCUGGGCUGGGCCGUGUUUCCCAGAAAUCCGUCGACGGGGGCCUCGGGGAGGUGGUCGAGGAGAGGCACCUCCAGCCCGGCCACCUGUCCGCCGAUUCAGUGACAGCUCAGGCUCUCUCACCCCCCCUGGGCACCGGCCUCCUCAGCCGGCUCCUGCCUUGCUGCUUCGAUCUCAUAGUGACCCAGGCAUCGCCACCUCCAGUGAGACUGCUGAUUUCAGGGACCUUUAUACCAAAGUGCUUGAGGAGGAAGCAGCUUCUCUCUCCUCUGCAGACACAGGGCUCUGCUCUGAAGCCUGCCUCUUCCGCCUUGCCCCCUGCCCUUCCCCCAAGUUGUUACGUGCCCGCUCAGCUGAGAAGCGGCGUCCAGUGCCCACCUGGCGAAAGGUGCCUCUGCCUUCUGGGCCUGCACCUGCCCACUCAUUGGGGGAUUUGAAGGGCAGUUGGCCUGGACGUGGCAUAGUAACUCGUUUCCUCCAGAUAUCCAGGAGGGUACAGGAGUCCAGUGGGCAUGGUGUCCAUGGUCAUAAGCAGGUACAACGAAGCCCUUGGGGCCGGCCUGGACGUGAAAGCCUCCACCUUCGAAGCUGUGGGGACCUCAGUUCUGGCUCAUCUCUUCGCCGCCUUCUGUCUGGCCGUAGGCUAGAAAGAGCUACCCGCCCUCAUAGUGUCAAUGGGGGCAGCCAAGAAAGCAGGCUCUGAGCCUUGACGUCACCACCCUUACUUGGCUCCGAACUAGGUUCUGUGCCACCCUCACAGCCCGUUAGGCCCAGGUGAAUCCAGGGCCACAAGCUUCUGGAUGGCAUUGGACCAGCUUCCAUCACCGCCUCCUUGCAACAGUUGGCAAGAAAAAUCUGCUGAAUACCCCUUGACCAGAAACCCUCUCCUUCCUGGCUCUGGGUGGGGUGGGGGAACAUUCCUUGCUGCUCAUCCUUUCCUUUCCUCUCCACCCAGGAGAGCUUUGCUCAUGCAUUGCAUGGGGCUACAGGGCCGUUGGGGGGAGGUUGCCUGGGGCUGUGCCCGCUUACAGCUGAUACACAAUGGGUGUGUGUUGGUUGGAGGAAGAACCAAUAAAUUCCUCUCCUCCCCCAAGA